CCUAUUACAGUUAGAAAGCUACCACAACAGGUUAUAGGGCAGAAUCUUAGGGUAUCUCAAAGCUACGACGAUAAAGAAUGGGUACCUACACUCAGACAUAAUGCCAUUCAUUGCCCUGCAGACAACACGGAUUGUCGUCUUUGUCCAACAUUGCCUUUGUCCUUGACUUUCAAUUGCACCAAAAAGUCUCAGUCCAGGACAUAAAUACAGCUUCUCCUGCAACCAAAUCCCCCUCACCACCUUUCAUCUUCUAUCAGAAGUAAUUGAAUACAGACAUCCAAUUCUGGGCUGAUCAAGCCGCCUUCCAGCCCCCUCCCAGCAACCAAGAACAUGCAAAACGAAUACAACAGCAGCAGCGACAAGCAGAAGAAGAGGAAUAUGAGUGGAUUGAAAUGUGCACUUCGCCUGACCGAGUCUUGAAUGUUAACAAUACACCAGUCAACGACUUUGCGAAGCAUGUCGCUUUCAAAUCGCCUACAGGUGAGGAUGGUGAGUGGAUCGAAAUGGAUACUAGCGAUGGUGAUUAUGAUAUUGUCUACGAUUUGGGCUCGAAGUUGGUCAUUUACGAUGACUCGGACUCAGACUCGGACUUGGAUAUGUAUAGUGUCAGUACUAUCUUUAGUUCUGGUUCUGCAGCGACUGACAGGAUGGAUAUUGACACCCCCUCGUCCACAUCGGAUUCUGACUCCGACUCCGAUGAAUUCGAACCCUUCACCAUCCUAGUCAAGAUAAACACCCUCCCCCACGCAGCUCUAGAUUGGGAAGUCUUUAACCUAGCCAGAUACUCACUCCAGGCACGAAUACAAGCCGGGCGCUUCGAAAACCCCGCUCUCAACAUCGAUAACGACGACGGCAGUCGCAUGCUGCGAAUCGAGACGAGAGAAACACACGAGAAUCGGGAGAUUAUCUACGGCUCUGUGGAGUUGUGGCUGGGGUUUUUGAUGGAGGCUAUUACGGAUGGGUUUUUUGUUGGAAUUCCGUUUAGGAUGGUAUUUGCUGGUUAUAUAGUACUUUCUGGAAGAGAAUGCAGUGAAGCGUUGAUUCAUGUCUAAUAUAUAUUCUCUGAGUUGAUCAUAACCAUCGUAAGUCUAAUCAUAAUAUAUGCCA